UCAUAUGCUUUCAGAGAAUGGGGAUCUAUAUACGUGGGGAAAGAAUCGCGACUACCAGCUCGGAAUUCCUGGACUUAAGGAUGAGCAACUAGAUCCCGUUUUGGUACAAUUUCCACAGGCUCUUCAUGAGAAAACUCCGGUAGAAGUGUUGGGUGUUUCUUGUGGAGCUAAUCACGGGGUUUGUAUUGUUUCGAGACCCAAACCAGCUCAGGUAACACAGAGCUUGUAACAUUGGAAUUCGUAAACAAAGACGCGAUGGUAAGGUGAUAAUCCUGGAUGUCAGCUCCACUAUGAAGAAGGCUUACACUGUGAUGAUUCUUCCAUUUGGUUUUGAUUUUGAGUGAGUAUGGAGCCCAAGAGCAGGAUUCUGAUCGUUGGAGCUACGGGAUACAUCGGCAAGUACAUCGCUACUGCUAGUAUUCAAUCGGGUCAUCCAACUAGUAUACUAGUUCGUCCACAGGUGUCAAAACAUGUUGAUAAAGUCCGGUUCCUGGUUGGGCUAAGAAAAGCCGGAGCAACGAUUUACACCUGCUUUCUGGAAGACCGAGAGGAUCUUGUGCGAAUAUUACAGCAAGUCGAUGUUGUGAUCUGCGCUCUUGGGGAAGAUCAACUAAAGCUCCAGUACGAUCUCAUCAGAGCCGUGAAAGAAGCUGGAAACAUCAAGAAGUUCUACCCCUCCGAGUUUGGGAUGGACGCGGAUAGGAUCUGCAAGGACCAGUCCAUUCCCGAGAGCCCCAUGUAUAGGGACAAGGUAGCUAUCCGGAGAGCCAUCGAAGCAGCAGGAAUUCCUCAUACGUUUUUCAUGGCGAACUGUAUCAUGGGGCUCAUGCUCGCCAGUUUCGUACAAAUGGACGGUUUCCCGACUUUCACUCCACCCAGAGACAAGGUUUGCAUUUACAAAGAUGGAGAUCACAAAGUCAUGUAUAUCUCCGAGGAGGACCUCGCAACUUACUUGCUCAAGUCGGUCGAUGAUCCCAGAACACUCAACAAGGCUCUUUACGUUCGCCCUCCCGGAAACGCCUUGACAAUGAACGAGCAAGUAGCAUUGUGGGAAGAAAUGACCGGCAGCACCCUUGAAAAGAGGUGGAUGAGUGAGGAGGAGGUUCUUCUACACAUCAACGGUGAGAGCUUUCAUUUGCGAGGUCUACUGACGGGAUUGUUUGGUUUUGCAGAUGCUCAAACUCCAUUGCAGCUCAGAGAGGUGUGGACGCGCAUCUAUCACGUUUUUUACAAUGGAGCUAUGUGCUUCGAGUUGGCUCCGGAUGAUAUUGAAGCCACUGCUUUGUAUCCUGAGGUAGAGUAUACUUCUCCACAAGUAUAUCUCAAGCCUUAUGUGUGCUGAUUCCUUGAUCAACAUCCUUGAUCAACACGGAGCUUCAACAAUGAAUACUAACUUGCUCCACGUAUCAAGCAGAAACGUGCACGGCAAUCUUGAAAAUGUUCUGGAGGCAAACUCCAUAAGUUCAAUAAUGUUAGUUUUCUUCUCUCAGGAAUCCAAAGUGUUUGGUUACGAAGAUCU